AUUACUCCAUAUAUUAUGUUUGUUUUCUUUCAGCUUGUGCUACAGCUAUCAUAUGCUUACAAUCAAAUUCUUAGUGUCUUGACCUUUUCACAAUUAUCAAAAAUAAUGGGGCAACGGAGAAAUUAUGACCUGCGYAGACUUCUUGCAGGCACUGAGAAAUUUAUAGAUAAUUUAUUGAAUUUGAUGGAUCAUGAACCAAGCUUUCUUCUAGGAUCAGUAAGUAUGAUACUGUACCAUUUCAUUUAUAAGUCGAAGAGUACUGCCCAAUACACAUCACCGGAACUGCAAGCUCCGUACGUAGAGAAGGRAGAGCAGGAAAGAUUGUUUGGUAUGUACCUCUACCUUCAUCAUCGCAUUCAUUCCCUGGCAAGACCGUUAAAGAUAUUGUGUCACGUUGGAACAAGGGAAAUGCUUCUCGGAUGGGUAACCUCAGGAUUUGAGCUGUAUGCUGCAUUUAGUCCACUUGUAUCGAAACCCAUUGCCAUCAACGCGAUCAAUAAAUUAUUACGAUGGAUUAAGAAAGAAGAAGAAAGAUUAUUUAUCUUGAAUUCUCAAGUCUUUUGAAUCUUAUUGUUCACAA